UUCUAGCUAGAAGCUCCAAUGGCGAUGGCGGGCGCCGGCGCCGCCUCUUAUUUCUGUGGGCAAGCUGCUGCUACAUUCUCGUCCGGAUCGGGAUCGUGCCGCUCCGCAGCGGUAAUCGGCCGCAGGAAUUCGUUUCGCGAGGUGAUUUUCAGCUCCGGGAGCAAGCAUCGCAUGGCAUGCGCGGUUCUCGAGGCCAAGCGCGUACCGAUCCCUUCAAUUCCUUCGAUCGAGGCCCCAAAGGAGGUUUCCAGCGGCGAUGGAGCGAUACAAGGUGUUCCAGAGCAAGGAUCAACAGUGAGCAUCACUGUUGUCGGUGCCUCCGGUGAUCUAGCCAAGAAGAAAAUUUUCCCCGCCCUGUUUGCGCUUUUCUACGAAGGGUGCCUGCCACAGCACUUCACGAUUUUUGGAUAUGCUCGGAGCAAGAUGAGCGAUGCCGAGCUGAGAGCUAUGAUCAGUGCUACUUUGACAUGCAGGAUUGAUAAAAGGGAGAACUGCAGUGAAAAGAUUAAUCAGUUUUUAAAGCGUUGUUUCUAUCAGUCCGGGCAGUAUAACUCGGAGGACAACUUCUCCGAGCUGGAUAAGAAAUUAAAAGAUCACGAGGGUGGAAAAGUCGCAAACAGAAUGUUUUAUCUCUCCGUUCCACCCAAUGUUUUCAUUGACGUCGCAAGGUGUGCCAGUCGCUCUGCAUCGUCCUCCAAAGGUUGGACUCGUGUGAUUGUCGAAAAACCAUUCGGUCGGGAUUCCGAGUCGUCUGGCGAGCUUACUAGCGGGCUCAAAGAGUUUCUCACUGAAGAGCAGAUAUACAGAAUUGAUCACUACCUGGGCAAGGAGCUCGUAGAGAACUUGUCAAUUUUGAGAUUCUCGAAUCUUGUUUUUGAACCUCUCUGGUCGAGGCAGUACAUCAGAAAUGUGCAGCUUAUUUUCUCCGAGGACUUUGGAACAGAAGGAAGAGGCGGGUACUUCGACAACUAUGGUAUUAUCCGUGAUAUCAUGCAAAAUCACCUCCUUCAGAUCUUAGCUUUGUUUGCAAUGGAGCCUCCUGUUAGCUUAGACGCCGAGGACAUUAGGAACGAGAAGGUGAAGGUGUUGCGAUCAAUGAGGAAAUUGCAGCUGGAAGAUGUUGUUGUUGGUCAAUACAAGAGCCACAUCAAAGGAGGCGUGCACUAUCCUGGCUACACAGACGACAAGACCGUACCGAAUAACAGUCUCACACCAACAUUUGCAGCAGCGGCGCUUUUUGUAGACAAUGCCCGGUGGGACGGCGUACCGUUUCUCAUGAAGGCUGGCAAGGCCUUGCACAAUAAGCUAGCGGAGAUCAGGGUACAAUUCAGGCACGUACCUGGAAACCUUUACAAAAGAAGCUUUGGCAUGGAUCUCGAUCAAGCCACCAACGAACUUGUAAUCCGGGUACAGCCGGACGAAGCAGUGUACCUCAAGAUCAACAACAAAGUUCCCGGCUUGGGGAUGCGGCUGGACCGAAGCAAUCUCAACUUGCUUUACUCGGACAGGUACUCGCGAGAGAUCCCAGACGCGUACGAGAGACUGCUGCUCGACGCCAUUGAAGGUGAGCGCAGGCUUUUCAUACGCAGUGAUGAGCUCGACGCAGCAUGGGCCAUCUUCACUCCACUCCUCAAAGAGCUUGAGGAGAGGAAGAUCUCCCCGGAGCUCUAUCCUUAUGGGAGCCGGGGCCCGGUGGGAGCUCAUUACUUAGCGGCCAAGUAUAACGUAAGAUGGGGAGAUAUGAGCUCGUCCGAGCACUCCAAGUCGUGAGUGCUCGAUCGAUCGAGCGCAAACCAAGGAAAGUUUUGUACAGGGUCUCCUUCGGCUACGAAAUAACUUUGGAGUUCCAGAGCGAUCGAUUCAAUCGGCUAUCCGGGUUUGGAGAGGAAAGAGAUGAGACAAUGGAAAGUUUCUUGACACAAAGAAUGGUAUUGGCUAAAGGACGAAGAAGAAGAACAAAAGAAUUCCAAUAAAAGAGAGAUUUUUCUUUCUUUCUAUGGUUUGGUUGCUUCCGCUAUGAAUGCAAAUGUCCGCAGCAA